AUGGUUGCGGGCUCCCGGCACCAGCUGCGGAUUCUUGUACAGAAAGAGCUACCAGGUGUUUGGGAUUUCACGCUCCUCCCCUCCUUCUCCUCCUCCGCUGGCUCCCACUGCGGCCUGCUGGACCGUUACUGGCUCACAUCCUGCCCUUCGUCGCUUAAUGACAGCAGCUCUUCAUCUUCAGAUGUCUUAAAUCAAGAGAACCCUCUGGAGAGCCUUACUCACCACCCUCCCAUUCCUGGCACCAUCAUUCCCAACCGGAUUUUCGUCGGGGGAAUCGACCACAGGGUCAACGAAGGCGACCUGCAUCAGAUCUUCUCGCAAUACGGUGCAGUGAAAGAUGUGAAGAUAAUAAUAGACCGCUCAGGAAUCUCAAAAAGAUACGGGUUUGUUACAUUUGAAAACCAAGACGACGUAUUGGGAAUCCUCAGUAACGCGACUGAAAUCUGCUUUAAAGAGAAGAAGCUCUGCAUUGGCCAGGCCGUUAAAAAGAACCACUCUUCAGGAAAAGCUAAGAACGCCCGCAUGGCCAACCUUGACCCUCAGAUGUCCUGCGGGACAUUUUAUCUGACCACAUCCACAGGACAUCCAUACACCUACCAUAAGGGCGUGGCCUACUUUCACUGCCCCAGUAUGAACCCUUUGGCUCACCACUGGUCGCCUCACCCUCAGCUGAUGCUUCCUCAGUCCCAUCAGCCUGUUCACCCCCAGCAGCCACCUGUGUAUCCUCACUACCAGGACAUCGCAAACCAGUAUCAAUGGAACAUCGCUCAGGUGCCGACCCCUUUCAGUGCAGCGAUGUACUCACAGCAGCCAGAAUAUCCUUACCAGCCCCUGGAUGGAAGCUCCUACCUGCCUCCUGGGCCCGCCAUGGAAGGCAAUACCCCAGAGUUUUUAGAGUCGACUGCUCCACAUUUUUACUCAGGAAUGACGCCGAUUGCUCUGCAGCAUGACCCCAGAGAGAGUCAGCUGUUCCCCCGUCCGCGUGUCCAUCUGAAGCCGAGGCACCGCCGCUACACGCACCCAAAGGACUACUACCAUCUGCCCGAACCCACAGAGUUGCCGGACGCCGCCGCGUUUCCCUUCCACGCCCCUCGUGUAGGCUAACCAGACGACGUCUUCCCAAGCAGAACGUGCCACACUCUCCGCCGACAGUUCCUACUACUUCUCCACGAAUUAGCACACGCUCAUAUCUGCUCCACAGCAACACAGUGAAACUCUGCAAUGCUUGCUUUUAAUUUACGCAUUAGGGUUACAGUUUUAACAUCUUUGCACUGAAGGACAUUUUUCACAACAAGGCUUUGAGAACCGGCAGGGGUUUCAAAAUAGGUUCUCUACUGAUUUUUGCGAACAGCGCAGCUAUCUUCAAUGUCACAUUUACACAAUUCAUGUUACUGGAGGACAGAUCUAAUGAUCUUUUACGUGAAAAAAAGCUGCUGCGGCAGUAUGUCAUCAUGGUGCCUUUCUGUUUCGCGUCAGUGCGGAAACAUCUACGUUAAAAUCCACAGUUAAUUUUUUCUCUUGGAUCUGUGCCUGAAUAUAGAGGGUGAAUGCUUCACCGUUGGCGUUUUGCCGUGUAGUUUUUGUGUUUCAGGGUCUCGGAGCUGUAAUAUUAAGGCGUUUUAUCAGCGUCGACCCUUCCAGGGACUGGGUCACAUACUGGUUUUUUAAACAGGGUUCCUACAUAGUCUUAAAAAGAAUUUGAUGGAACUGUUUUCCAGAACUAGAACUACCAGUCCCAAUUGCUACAUUAUAAAUAUCUGGAUUUCUGAGAAAAAAAAAAAAAGUUGCUCCAAUCAACCAUUUUGGCUUGUCUGAUAGCUUUGAAAUAAAGAGGGACAAAGAAGUGAUAGAUUUGUUCAUCCCAUUUCUCCCAUCACUUUGUCCAAAAAAUAUCCGUUGUGCAUUCCUCCAACUAUUUGUUAGUCUGCUCAUUUAACCAUCCACCCAUCUAUCUACCUGUUAGUUUGUUCAAUUAUCUAUCCAUGUAUCAGUCUGACUACACAUCCAUCCAUCCAUCAUGUACUGAUAACUCUAAUUAGAGCCUUGAAAAUGAUAGAAAGUUGUCCUAGAAUAUGUAGGAACCCUGUUGAAGGCACUGCUUCCCUCUGCCUCUUUUAUUGCACAUUCCCCUUUGACAGAUGUCGAUUAUUGACUCGAGUCAUGAAGGCAACAGGCUUACUCUGUACCAUGUGCCACUGAUGCAUGUUGAAGUAGAUAUUUAGAAAGUUGUCGUUGCACAGUUUGUCCACAAAAGUACUACAGUUGCUCCCACGUUGUGUGCUUUAACGUUUCAGUGUGGACGAAUUGUGCUGAGAACUGCUUUGAAGCACACAGGAACUGAUCAGUGCUUUUCCACUGAGCAGCUUGGCGUGGGUUUUGUUUCUCACACGUGGAGCCACCUGGAUUUGUCCUGUGAAGAAAUCCUGGCCGACACAUUUUAAAAGAGAAAUAAGAGAUUCCAUGUUUGGAGCGGAUCGGAGCUCAGCAUGCAGACAGGUCGUUUUAGGAACUGAUUGAAGCUUCAUUUCUUUGUCACAAUAGUUUUAGCAUUGUUAAAAACAGAGGAGGUGCUUCUGUAAAUGUGCCUUGUUUUUCCCCUUGUAUUUUUUAUUUAUUUAUUUUUUUACUUUCAGACUUUUUAACAUUUAAAUUUUUUUUCCCCUUAUUUUGAAGUUCAAAAUGUUGUAAAAAGUCACUUCUUCUCAGAGGACUCAACAAAAAAAUUCCUGUAUUGAGAGAAUUUAACUUUAAAUCCACUUCAGGUAUGAUUAGUGGGUACUGCGACUAGUGUGUGCUAAUUGCUUUCAUUGCAUUGCUUUGUAUCUUAUUGUACUUUCCUAUAUGCUUUAUGGGUGAAACCCAGUGUUUUCUAUUUAGACCAAAGGCACAUUGUAAACCUCCUAAACAACAAUCCAGUUGAUAAAUAUAUAGUUUUAAUAUUGUAAAGGUGAUGUACAGCGUAUAUUUGAGAUCUAAGUACGCCGCUUUGUAAUGCCUUAUAUUGUCAGACAAGUUGUUGUAACAUUGUUGUGGUUCAAUGUGUUUGUAGUUUUCAAUGCAAAUAAACAUUUUUGCUUUAUGUUC